UCAACCAACUUGUGAAAACAGAGGAAGAGAUCUUAUUCACCGUAAACAACAAUAAGGAAGUGCUUAAUAUAGAGUUGAUGAUUCAGUGAUUUUAUGUUUUCUUUUACAAUAUAUAUUUUACGGGAUGAAUUAGUAUUAAGAUAACAGCUGUUAUUUUCCAUAGUUGAUAGUGAUUAUAUCUCCCACUUGUCUGCUGAGUCGAAGCUAACGGGAAAGCUAACCCAGAUCAGUGAUGGAGGCCUCCAAGUCUUCCAGCACCACCAUGCAGGUGAGCUUCGUGUGUCAGCGGUGCAGCCAGCCGCUCAAGCUGGACACCUCCUUCAACGUGCUGGACCGAGUCACCAUCCAGGAGCUCAUCGCUCCGGUGGUCACGGUGACUCCCAGCAGCAAACAGGCGGACAGCGGCGGAGGGGAAGCGGCACCUGAGGAGACGUUUGUGGAAAACAAACAAGAUGGCGUGUCGAGAAAGUACAUCCCUCCUGCACGGAUGAUGUCAACGGAGAGCGCCAACAGUUUCACGCUGAUCGGGGACGCUUCGGACGGUGGAACCAUGGAAAAUCUCAGUCGGAGAUUGAAGGUGACCAGCGACCUGUUCGACAUUAUGUCCGGCCAAACGGAUGUGGAUCACCCCCUGUGUGAGGAAUGCACCGACACUCUGCUGGAUCACCUGGACACGCAGCUCAACAUCACAGAGAACGAGUGCCAGAACUACAAGCAGUGUCUGGAGCUCCUGUCCAACCUGCAGGUGGAGGAAGAGGAGACCCUGCUGGCAGAGCUGCAGCAGCUGAAAAACGAGGAGGAGACGCUGGUGCAGGAGCUGGAGGCCGUGGAGGAGCAGCGGGCUGCUGUGGCCAAAGAUCUGGCGCAGAGCAGGAUUCAGGCUCAGCAGCUGGACACCGAGGAGCUCCAGUACCAAAAGGAGUACAGUGAGUUCAAACGGCAGCAGCUGGAGCUGGACGACGAGCUGAAGAGCGUCGACAACCAGAUGCGUUACUGCCAGAUUCAGCUGGAUCGACUCAAGAAGACCAACGUUUUCAACGCAACGUUUCAUAUCUGGCACAGCGGCCAGUUUGGCACCAUCAACAACUUCCGACUGGGCCGGCUUCCCAGCGUUCCUGUGGAGUGGAACGAGAUCAACGCGGCCUGGGGGCAGACGGUGCUGCUGCUGCACGCUCUGGCCAACAAAAUGGGGCUGAGAUUCCAGAGAUAUCGACUCGUCCCGUAUGGAAACCAUUCGUACUUGGAGUCACUGACUGACAAGUCAAAGGAGCUCCCGUUGUACUGCUCGGGUGGCCUGAGGUUCUUCUGGGACAAUAAGUUUGAUCACGCCAUGGUGGCCUUCCUGGACUGCGUCCAGCAGUUCAAAGAGGAGGUGGAGAAGGGAGACACCGGCUUCUGCCUCCCGUACAGGAUGGAUGUGGAGAAGGGAAAGAUUGAAGACACGGGCGGCAGCGGAGGCUCCUACUCCAUCAAAACCCAGUUUAACUCUGAGGAGCAGUGGACCAAGGCGCUGAAGUUUAUGCUCACCAACCUGAAGUGGGGCCUGGCCUGGGUCACAUCGCAGUUCUACAACAGAUAAACUAAUUACACUGACUCUGCACAAACCACAAGCCACCAAUGGGAUGGAUUUCUAACCAGUUGAAGCCUGAGUUGAGAAUUUCAUGGAUUUCUGGUUCAAACUUGUUGGAGUAAUUUCAAACUGUGGAGUAAUUUAAGCUUUGCACAUCUGUAGAAAUGCCAUUUUGUGUGUUUUUUGUUAUAUUUCCUUCACCAGUAAAUGUUUGGCAUUCUCUGAGAAGAUCGUUUUGCGUCAGAAGAAACGUUUCGCUUCUUCAUAAGACUGCGCUAAGAAGCAAGACGAAUAAACAACAAUCCACCCACUGCAAUCCCACUUUAAGAUCAGUAGGAGGCAUUUCAAGAAUUAUCGCCUUAAAUGUUCUUAUAUUUCAUCACAAUAUGUUAGUAUAUUAUUUGCUGUUUGAUUUUCCAUUAUGAGAAUUGGUUAAUAAAAUCCGUAACCUCUGGAAAUCAAA